GGUCUCACUACUGGAGUGGCUAAAGAAUUCUCGGGGAGCACCGGACGGCCUCGAACUGGGACGUUUCUUCCCGGCGCGGGACGGUUCGGGAAAAGGAGAAGGAUCGCCGUCUCCUCUUCUGCGCAUGCGCCGACGGGCAGUCGCGUCUGCGAGGCGCCGGCCGCCGCUGUGGGGCUCACUGAGGGUCGUGCUCCGUGUACAGAACCCGGCGCCUGCGUCAGAAACUUGCUUCGCUCGCUUCACUUCCUGACGAUUAUGCAGAGUUCAUCUCAUGUUUACAGAUACGUGUUCACGGUUUUUGUCUGCUUCAUGGCCGCUCAGGUGGCGACAUCACAAAGGUCGACCCGCUCCUUGCCAUUCCCACUGCGUGACAUCUCGGCUGCUGUUGGCUACCCUGCUGCCGAGUUGGACCUGCUGCGCCGCGUGCGCCCCAGCGGCAGCGCGGCCUCGCCGGAGACGGUGCGCUUCGCCGCCGGCGACCCGGAGUCUGGACCGUCGCUGGCGCUCGAGUUCGGCCCCAGAGCGGACGUCAAGUUCCCUUACCGUCUGCUGCUUCCCGCGGCUCUGUUCAGGGACUUCGCCCUGCACGCGGUGUUCCGGCCAGCCGCAUCUCACCCUGGCUCCGGCCACGCUGAGGCUCCUUCCGGUUCGAUUGAGGACGAGCAGUUCCUGUUUGCCGUCGUGAAUCCGUCCGAGACGCUGGUCCAGCUGGGCCUGGCAGUGUCGCGCGACGCGUCCCACGUGAGCCUGUACUACACGGACGUGUCCAUGCACCUCGGGUCGCAGCGCCUGGCCACCUUCCGGCUGCCCAAGCAGGCCACCGGACCGCACGGAUGGAUCAGGCUGAGUAUGACGGCGACUGGCAACCAGCUGAGCCUGGAGCUGCUCAACUGCAGCACGCUGCAGGACGUGCGCAUGGCGCAGCACGUGACGCGCAUCCCCAAGGAGCUCGUGUUCGACCACGCCUCCACCCUCUACCUGGCGCAGGCGGGACCCAUCCUCAGCGGGAAAUUUCUGGGCCGCAUACAGACUCUGCGGCUUUUCAGCGUCCCAGUACUUGUGCCUCUUUGCCAGGACACUCUAGGAUAUCAGAAUGACGCCUCCGGCGUACCGUGGGUGGAGCGUGCGGAGCCGCACGGCAGCCGAGACAAGCCAGCAUCUGAGACGGAACCCUGGAAGAGGUCGGCCGAGCCGGGCCUCAAGGGUGAAAAAGGAGAUGAAGGUCCUCGCGGGCCACGCGGCUUGAUCGGGUUGAAGGGCGACAAAGGUGAACCGGGAAGCAAGGGUGAGCCGGGAGCGUCCUUCAAGAGGGAGGAUUUCAUUCCAGAAAAAGGCGAGAAAGGAGAUCCUGGUCGUCGCGGGAAAAGAGGUCGUCCCGGUCCCCCUGGACCAGCUGGGCCGCCGGGUACCGUUAUGAAGGCGGAGAGCCUACAUCGUCCGACCCGCUACGAGAAGGGUCCUCCCGGUCAAAAGGGCGAGUGCGGUCCGCCAGGACCACCCGGGCCGCCGGGUGCACCGGGACUGCCCAUGCCCUGGGUGGACGCCACCAGAAGCAUCCUGGAAGAGCGCAAAGACGAGGAUUCCGACUACGGCGACGAGCCCCCUCUGCCCGAGAUGGGACCGAUGACGAGGAAGACGGUGGCGUGGAGGGACGCGGCCUCGUUUCUCAAGGCCGCGUCGUCACAGCCCGUUGGCAGCCUGGCUUACGUCAUGGAGUCCGACGAGCUGCUCGUCAAACUCUCUCAAGGCUGGAGGAGACUGGCGAUUGGUCCGCCACCGACUUGGGUCGAUGACAAGAGCGAACGAAUGAGUGAGCAAGAAAUACGAAGCGAUUGAGUGUUGGAAGCGGUGUGUCUUUCAUAAAUGUAUGGAGUUCAGCUGUGGUUGACUGUUAGGCCUCCAAAUUAAAGGCUUCACAGACUGCUA